CGUCUUGCGCUCUUCUAGGAUUUCCGAUCGGACAUUGCUACGAUGCUUGCCUUGUGCUUUUCCAGGAUUUCCGACCGGACAUCGCUACGAGAGAGCAGAUUCUUCGGGUUGAUACAUAUACCGUGGAAAGUAGUGGAAGUCAAACAGCGCCCGUACGUACAGUACUUAUCCCUUUCCUCGGUGUCUGUCGCUUAUCUCACCGUACCAGUCUUGGUCCAUAACCACCAUGGGGGCAGCUUACUCCAACUUCAAGCAGACAGCUUUGCCCGUAAUCGCCCAGCUGUACCCGCCCAAGCCGAAGUUCAGCGUCGACCAGAUUCCGGACCUGACGGGACGCGUCACUAUAGUGACUGGUGGAAACGCUGGCUGUGGGUACGAAACUGUCAAGGCUCUCGUUCAGCACAAUGCGAAAGUCUAUCUCGCCGCACGAAGCAAAGCGAAGGCAGAUGCUGCCAUCGCCACCUUGAAGGAAUCAACUGGUAAAGAGGCUAUCUUCCUUCAGCUCGAUCUCGCGAGCUUGGCAUCUGUGAAGGAGGCGGUGGGGGAGUUCCUCAGCAAGGAGACUGAACUCCAUAUACUAUUUAACAACGCUGGUGUCAUGUGGCCACCUUUGGACGAACUCACGAAGGAUGGCUACGAUCUGCAGUGGGGAACGAAUGUGGUCGGGCAUUUCUACUUCACCGAGCUACUCAUGCCAGCCCUCCUCGCCGGCGUCAAGACUUCUCCUGACCACCACGCGCGAGUGAUCACGACGGCAUCUAGCGGGGCGUACCUCGAGACACUCCACUUUGAGACUUUUAGGGAUGGGCCUGAGAGGAGGAAGCUCUCGACGGAAGCGCUAUAUUACCAAACCAAACACGCGAACGUCAUCGUGGCCCGCCAAAUCGCCAAACGCUAUGCAGACAAGGGCAUCAUCUCGGUCUCCGUGAACCCUGGAAAUAUCAAGACCGAACUGCAACGCUAUGUGCCAUCAUUACGACGGAAGAUCUUGGAUACGCUCCUGCUCUACCCUGCGCCGUAUGGCGCCCUCACCCAGCUGUUCGCUGGCACGAUGCCCGAGGCGCUCAAUUACAAUGGCGAAUUCCUGAUUCCAUGGGCGCGCUUGGGCAAGUGUCGCCCGGAAGCCUACGAUGACGCUGUUGGCGAGCAGCUCUGGAAGUGGCUGGAGGAUGAGGUGAAUGCCUUCGAGUCCCGACAAUAG